CAACACAGCGUCGAGUUUCAAGAGACGUGAGUUUCGUACCAGUCAGUCAUCCCUAGAAUAGAUCGACUCCGACUUUGCUUGUGGGCGACAAAACAAUUCGCCUGCUUGCCAUGAUGAAAACAAAACCUCCUAAAAAUGUUUAUUAAGAUAUUUUUAACAGUAUUAUUUUGUACUGUAUGGAGCGAAAAAUACUCCCUAUACUACACAUACACAGGGCUCUCCAGACCUGUCAAUGUAGAGGGAGUAUAUGAAUUCACUGCUGUGGGCUUUCUCAAUGACAGACCGAUUGACUACUACAACAGCAAAGAUCAAGUCAAGAUUCCUAAACAGACCUGGAUGAAAAAAAAGAUGCCACCGGAUUACUGGGAAACAGGCACUCUGUCACGAAAGAAAAAACAGCAGUGGUUCGAUAUAAAUAUACAAACUUUGAUUGACCGUACGAGACAGAGCAAUACAGAUGUUCAUGUUCUUCAGUGGAGAUGUGGUUGUGAAAUUGAACAAAAUGGUGCUUCUGAAGAGCACUUUGUCAAAGGCAUUUGGGAGUUUGGCUAUGAUGGAGAAGACUUCAUUUCUUUUAAUAAUAAGGAAUCUAUGUGGAUUUCUUCAGUUAAUGCUGCUCUUUCUACACUGAUGCAGUGGAAUAACAUCUCAAAUCUAAACCUUAAAGUCGUGCAGUACCUGGAGGGGGACUGUGUGGAGUCACUGAACAAAUUCAGAAACUACGAGAAAGAGGAGUUCAGGAAGUUAUUUACUCCAAAAAUUCAUGUGUUUGCUAAGAAGUCUAUAAGUGGUCAAUUGAAUAUGACGUGUCUGGCCACUGGCUUCUACCCCAAAGAUGUGACGCUCUCCAUUAGAAAAAAUAACAAGUUCCUACCUGAACAUGAACUGGAGUCCACAGGAGUCAGACCAAAUCAUGAUGGAUCAUAUCAGCUGAGGAAGACUGCAUCGAUCAGAGAGGAAGAUGUGGCGGAUUAUGAUUGUUACAUGACUCACAGGACACUUGAAGACCCUAAAAUUUCAAAAUUGUCUGAAGGACCAGAAUAUUGUGGACCUGUGAGAAAACUAACAGGACUAAUAAACGAGCAUAGACUGGUUGUUGGAGUGGGGGUAUUUCUUGGUAUAGGUUUUAUAAUUGCAGCUCUCCUAAUCUCAAAGAAAUGCACAACUAUUUGUACACGAGGUCAAGCAACAACCGAACUACAGAAUGUUCAAACGGAUCAGAUGAAAGGGACCGGUUGUAAAGAGGAAACAGCUUUACUUGGAACUAAAGAUAAGAUCGCAGCAGAAGAACCAGCAGCUGAAAGUGAUUCAGAUUUAGAGGAAAACCAACCGGAUUUACCUAAAUCGACCGUUCAAAGUGAAACAUGGAGUGAUGGACAAACAGACUCUGGACUGGAAGGCAGUGAACAAUGCAUUAACAGCAGCUGUCCAAGCUCUAUAGAGUGUGCAGACACAUGACCUGGGUGGAUGACUGAUCUAAAAGCUUGAUCCAGCCAGAUGCAUAAGCAACAAAUCAACACAUAAGUGCAUUUGUGAUAAUGGGCUGCUGCACUGUUAUCAUCACAUGUGCCCCAUUGAACCCACAAAUCUCAAUGCCCAUGAAGGUGCUAAAUACGAAACAAAACUACUGAAUUAUACCAUACUCGGUAAUCUCUGUGUGUGUGUGUGUGUGUGUGUGUGUGUGUGUGUGUGUGUGUGUGUGUGUGUGUGUGUGUUGUAUAUAUUGUAAAAUAGAAUAACUUUAUGAAGUAAUGUUUAAUUAGUUUGUUGAAUAGUACCUCAACAGAACAAUGUUGUUGUCAAUAUUUUUACCAACAGCUAUUAGAUUAUAUAAAUAACGUUAAAUGAACAAUGUAUAAUCUGAUUGUGUUGGGAUAAAUAUGGACUUGAUGCUUGAAACGGGUGUUGUAUGAAAUGUGGUUUACUUUGGUUUUACUGUAGUUUUAUUUAUUACUUGUAUCACGUUUAUUGUUGUGUGGUGGGCUUUGCUGUGAAUUUUCCGUUGGCAUUAAUAAAAUUUUGUGAAGACAGAA